AUGGAGAAUCUUAAGAUCGCAAAGGGAAGUACGUUGGUACUGUGUAUGUUGAUUGGAAGUCUUGUCUGCAGUGCAGACAAGUUAUCACCAGGUCAGAAAGCACCCCCACACGCUACCAAUUCCGGUGGGUCGUCAUUAAAAGCCCCAUUUGCGGGUAAUCGUGCCGCAGAUGUUGGUUCUAGGUCAGAUGUCGGUAGAAGUGGGGGUUCUCGACCCCCAGCACCUCCACCGCAAGCUCCACAGGAAGAUGGAGUCACCAGAGAAGAGACCGAAGAUCUUAAAGAAAUAGAUGGUCAGCUUGUGCGUGUGGUCAAGGGUAACUUUGCUUACGAUAGUCCCGAAGGACUUCCGAUUGCGGUCAAAUAUGAAGCAGAUGAAAAUGGAAACAGAGCAAGUUUCACUAUUGGGAAUCCCACAGGAGGUGGUGGGGCUGGAAGAGGUACUGGGGCUGGAGGUAGAGGUGGUGGAACUGGAGGAAAAGGUACUGGAGCUGGGGGUAAAGGUACCGGAGCUGGUGGAAAAGGUACCGGAGCUGGUGGAAAAGGUGGAGCUGGAGGUGGAUCUGGAUCAGGUGGAGGAAGACCAAAUUCUGACAAAACUUAUCUUCCUCCAAGUUAAUUUAUUUUAU